CAUUUCCGAAUAUAGUCCAUUUCAGAUAGGAAAUCCGAAGCCCCACCAAGCAACUAUCAACUUUCACGGCCGGGCCAAGAUUUUCUCUGGUUUUUCUCGUUCUUUCUGACUUAACGAACAAUCUGCUUCUCUUUUUCUUUCCCCCCUGCUUUCGAGCUGUACGCUGCUUGUAUUUGAUUGAUUCGUCGAGGCAAAAAGCAAAUAUUAAUUGAAUAUUGGGAGAAAAGCGGAGCCGAAAGAUUGUUCUUUUGGGGAAACAUGAGUUGCUUAGAGCUUGCUUUUUUUUGAUUUUAUUCAAAAAAUGGCGAAAUUUAGCUGAGAGGAAGAUAUUGCAGGAGAGAGAGAGAGAGAGAGAGAGAGAGAGAGAGAGAGAGAGAGAGAUGGUGGUGGUGAGGAAAGUGGGGAAGUAUGAGAUUGGAAGGACGAUUGGUGAAGGAACUUUCGCGAAGGUCAAGUUUGCGCAGAACACCGAGACUGGUGAGAGUGUCGCCAUGAAAGUUCUCGAUCGCAGCACCAUCAUCAAGCACAAGAUGGUCGACCAGAUUAAGAGAGAGAUAUCUAUAAUGACCCUUGUCCGGCAUCCUCAUGUUGUGCGUCUAUAUGAGGUUCUGGCAAGCCGAACUAAGAUUUAUAUAAUCUUGGAGUUUAUUACAGGCGGUGAACUAUUUGAUAAAAUAGUUCAUCAUGGGCGUCUUAGUGAAGCUGGAGCUAGGAGAUAUUUCCAACAGCUAAUUGAUGGUGUGGACUAUUGCCAUAGUAAGGGGGUUUAUCACAGAGACCUAAAGCCUGAAAAUCUUUUACUUGAUUCUCAAGGAAAUUUAAAGAUUUCAGAUUUUGGUCUGAGUGCUUUGCCUGAACAAGGAGUUAGUCUCCUUCGGACAACCUGUGGUACUCCUAAUUAUGUGGCACCAGAGGUACUCAGUCACAAGGGUUAUAAUGGUGCUGUGGCAGAUGUUUGGUCGUGUGGGGUAAUCCUUUAUGUUCUGAUGGCAGGAUACCUUCCAUUUGAUGAUCUUGAUCUGACCACGCUUUACAGUAAGGUUGCUGCGGCAGAUUUUUCCUGCCCAUCUUGGUUUCCAGUUGGAGCAAAAUCGUUGAUUCAUAGAAUUCUAGACCCAAAUCCUGAAACUCGUAUUACCAUUCAACAGAUCAGAGAUGAUGACUGGUUUAAGAAGGAUUAUGUUCCUGUAAAACUAUUUCAAUAUGAAGAUGUAAACCUGGAUGAUGUGAAUGCUGUUUUUGAUGAUCCCGAGGAACAAAGGGCUAAUGAGCCAUGUGGAAAUGAAGACACGGGUCCGCUGAUCCUUAAUGCGUUUGAUUUGAUAAUUCUAUCUCAAGGGUUAAACCUUGCAACACUGUUUGAUCGUGGUCAGGAUUCUAUAAAGUAUCAGACGCGUUUUGUUUCGAGGAAGCCAGCAAAGGUUGUUUUAUCUAGCAUGGAAGUUGUUGCACAAUCAAUGGGUUUUAAGACACACAUUCGCAAUUAUAAGAUGAGAGUGGAAGGGCUUUCAACAGAUAAGAGUUCUCAUUUCUCUGUUAUGCUGGAAAUAUUUGAAGUUGCCCCCACAUUUUUUAUGGUAGACAUUCAGAAAGCAGCUGGAGAUGCCAGUGAAUAUCUCAAGUUUUACAAGAGUUUUUGUAGCAAUCUUGACGAUAUCAUCUGGAAACCACCUAAUGAAUCAAGCAAAUCAAGGAUCACUAAAACGAGGAGUAAGAGGCGCUGAUCUUAGUACUUGGAACAUCUCCCAUUUUAAUUCUUUUAACUAAAAGUAAAUGUGUGUUGAUACGGCAUUGUCCUUAAGGUUACUGUCGACGAGAGAGGUGUGAAUUACAUUCGGUUUCCCUAACCCGACCUAAAAUCUCUGAAACUAGAACAAUAUAUUUAUUUAUUAUUAUUAUUAUUUUUUUGUAAAUUUUUAUUUCAUAGUUGCAUCGAAUCGUUAAUAUUAUUACACUUUUGAAAAAUUGUCGGAGCACACUCCUAAC